AUGAAUAAUUUGAAGAGUGUAUCAGUGCAAAUUGUGAACAGCGAUCUAGCCUUGCUGUUACCUAAUGGUGUUUAUGAAAUUAAGCAAAUGGAAAGCAAAUCCUCCAGGUUGAAACAAAUAUGCCUUUUUUGUUUGGCAUUGUGUAUUUUUGGCAUAUUCGGAUUCGGUUACUUCUGUCCCGACAAGGUUUGUGCACUCAGUUCUCGAGAGACAAUUUACAUUGAAGACAACAUAGGAAAACCAUUAGCUCAGACUAAAACUAAAGUUGGUUUAAGCUACGAUGACAUGCUGAAUGAUGAUUUUACAUUUGAUAUGGAUUCCCAUGAUGUUAUGGUGUUUUUACAUAUGCAAAAAACAGGCGGUACAUCUUUUGGCAAACAUUUAGUGCACGACCUCGACUUGAGGAGGCCCUGCACGUGCCCCAUCAGCCGAAAGAGGUGCCACUGCUUUCGGCCUCACUCGAACCAAAGCUGGCUGUUUAGCCGAUACACCACGGGCUGGAAAUGUGGCUUGCACGCCGACUGGACGGAGCUCACCAGCUGCGUGGACGCCAAACUGGACGACUUGGAGACCGUCGCGAAACGGCGAUAUUUCUACAUAACUCUUCUAAGGGAACCAGUAUCCAGGUAUUUAUCGGAAUUUCGUCAUGUGCAAAGAGGCGCUACUUGGAAGGGUUCCAGGCACUUUUGCGGCGGGCGCUUAGCCACUGAUAGAGAAAUUCCCCCGUGUUACGAGGGCGAAGAUUGGGAAGGGGUGAAUUUGGACGAUUUUAUCGGGUGCAAAAGUAAUUUGGCAGCUAAUCGACAGACUAGAAUGCUGGCAGAUCUCGAACUUGUCGGUUGCUACAAUAAAUCGUACAUGUCGAAGGGGGAACGGGAGAGAAUAAUGCUGGCUAGCGCCAAGAAGAACCUCCUUUCGAUGGCCUUCUUCGGUCUGACCGAAUACCAGAAGAUCUCGCAGUACAUUUUCGAAGAAACUUUCAAUCUUCGCUUUGCCAUACCGUUCGAACAGAACAAUUCCACAGUGUCUAGUAACACUUUGAAUUCUCUGACGACGAAGCAAUCCGAAGAUAUAGCUAGUUUGAAUAACUUGGACAUCGAGUUGUACGAUUACGCGAAGAAAAUUCUAUUUCAACGUUUCGAGAAGGUGAAGAGCAGAGAUGCAGAUUUUGAGGAGAGGUUUAAAAAUUUGGGCGUGAUAUACGGGAAACAGAGUCCUACGGAGUUCGAUUGGGAUAAAUUGGAAGAUCCCACGGAGUCCCCGUAA